UGGAGGUAAAGAGAAGGCAGUAGGAAAGGGUGGGGAAAGGGGGAUGACAUGGCAGGGCAGCUGGAAUGCCCAGUGCUAGGGGGGCAGAGGAUGGGAGGUCAGCAGGGCAGAGGACAGGGGUCACUGCUAGCAGGGCAGAGGACAGGGGUCACAACUGGCAGGGCAGAGGACAGGGGUCACAGCUGGCAGGGCAGAGGACAGGGGUCACUACUGGCAGGGCAGAGGACAGGGGGUCACUACUGGCAGGGUAGAGGACAGGUGUCAUUGCUGGCGGGGCAGAGAACAGGGGUCACUGCUGGCAGGGUAGAGGACAGGGGUCACUGCUGGCAGGGCAGAGGACAGGGGUCACUGCUGGCAGGACACAGGACAGGGGUACAGCUCCUUCUCCCAUUCCUGCGGUGCACACAGCUUGGGUGCAGGCAGCAGAGCUCCUCUUCUUCACACAAUGCA